AUGACGGUGGGGUGCCCAGAAGUCCGUGAUGAGAUUGUGACGGUCAACCCAAUACAACCAGAUGGAAGCGAUUUGGAGCGAGAUGAUCAGGAAUGCAGCGAGCUGGUGGUGAUCAACAUAUCUGGCCUGCGUUUCGAGACCCAGGUCAAAACUCUUGCACGAUUCCCGAACACUCUAUUGGGGAAUCCGCGUAAAAGGAUGCGCUAUUUUGACCCGGUGAAAAAUGAGUUCUUUUUCGACAGGAACCGACCCAGCUUCGAUGCCAUCCUAUACUAUUAUCAGUCUGGAGGACGUCUCCGGAGGCCUAUCAAUGUGCCAGUUGAUAUGUUCAUGGACGAAAUUAAAUUUUAUGAGAUCGAAGAUGGUGUGCUUGAUAGUUUUCUUGAUGACGAGGGUUUGACAAAAGAAGAACAACGACCAAUGCCAACAAACGAACUUCAGCGUCAACUAUGGCUUAUGUUUGAAUAUCCCGACAGUUCUGGAGCGGCAAGGAUUAUUGCUAUAGUCUCCGUACUGGUCAUUUUGAUAUCUAUUGUAAUAUUUUGUUUGGAAACGUUGCCAGAGUUCAGAGAAGAUAGUAAUGUAUUCAGUAACCACCUUCUGAAUGGGACAACUGAUGGAGAAAAGCUAAAUCCGUUCACAGAUCCAUUUUUUAUAUUGGAGACUCUGUGUAUAGUGUGGUUUUCCUUUGAAUUUUUGGUGAGAUUCCUGGCAUGUCCUAGCAAGACUACUUUCUAUAAAGACUUAAUGAAUGUGAUUGAUAUUGUGGCUAUUGGGCCAUAUUUCGUAACUCUGGGUUUGGAGCUAGCAGAAUUCGAAGGAGGUCAUCAACAGACCGCGUCAUUGGCCAUUCUGAGAGUUAUCCGUUUGGUGAGAGUGUUUCGCAUCUUCAAACUCUCCCGCCACUCCAAAGGUCUCCAGAUUCUGGGGCGGACCCUACGCGCAAGCAUGAGAGAACUCGGUCUCUUGAUUUUCUUCCUCAUCAUUGGCAUCGUAUUGUUCGCAAGUGCAGUGUUCUUCGCAGAAGUUGACGACCCAGCAGCUGGGUUCCCGAGCAUCCCUGACUCGUUCUGGUGGGCAGUUGUGACUAUGACGACCGUGGGAUAUGGAGACAUGAGCCCAGUGACCAUUGGAGGAAAAUUAGUAGGAUCCAUGUGUGCCAUUGCUGGUGUGCUAACUAUUGCCCUGCCCGUGCCAGUCAUCGUAUCAAAUUUUAGCUAUUUCUAUCGCAGGGAAAACGAUAAGGAGGAUAACAGAGAAUACGUCCAUGUCACAUGCGCUCGGGAAGGGUCAUUUCAUGUCGAAAUGAAGGAAAGCGAUAGUAAGACCUCUCUCAUUCAUUCUGAAAUGAUUGAAGAUGACGAUUUGGAUAUAUCUAGAUACACCAACCUCAGUUCUCUGGAGACUUACACUGGGAAGCUGACAGAUGUCUGA